AUGUCAAAUAAUAAUGGAACAGAUGUCAAAGAGACGGAUUUUCUAAUAAAUACCGAUUAUAUUAAAGUCCAUCAGAAAAUUAUUCAGGAAGCUAAUAAUACUGUCAACAAACAACAAACAUUGACAAAUUAUGGUGCUACUCUUCCAGAAAUUCCAAAUCAAAAUUCAUCUUGUAACUCGGUUGUUUGUAAUACAUCUGAUGGAAGUCAAUAUUAUGAUGAAGUUGGAAGUUUGUUCAAUCAACAACUGAGUUUAUCAAAAGGCUUAAAAUCACCAUUUGAUAUUCAAUAUAAAACUGAUUAUUUUCCUCGUGGAGGUAAGAAUGCGAAUAAACCACAACCACCUCAUUAUAUUCAUGAUGUUGAUGGCAGUAAAAGUAUUAUUAUCAAAUUUCCACGCGGUUUUAAAACUCCCGAAAAGCUUGAUAAUUAUUAUCUUGAAGUGGCACUUUUAACAGUACCUCGAGUUGGACAACAUUAUAUACACGUGAACAAAUUUCAACUUGAUAAUAUAGAUAUUACAAUUUUGGAUGAGAAUCCAAUUUUUAUUCGUUUAACUGAAGAACAUUUUAAAAAAGGAGAAAUUGAACUUAAAUUGGUGUUAGUUAAAACACGUCUUGGUGAUUUAAAGAAUAUAUCAUCAUUACAAUUAUUUAACAGCCAGGAAUCUCAAAAUUGGACAACAGAUUGUAAAACUAUUGCAGAAUUAGAACAUGCUUAUGAACUUUCUCAUGCAAUAGUUGCCUUUUCUAUUGGAUUUACUAAUAAUAAAAAUGAAUUUAUUCGGUUUACGAAUACAACAGUUAUGUCAAAUGAAGUUAUUGAAAAAGAAAAGUCAAAACCAUUAGAUAAUAUUACAUGUCCUAAUUGUUCACAUGACUUUAGUAUUAAAGAACAAAGACUUAAAAAUAAAAAACGAUCUAUUUCUUCAUCAACUUCAACCGACAAGGAGUGUCCACGCCGACGACAAAAAAAGGCUCAAAAUAAUUCAGACCACUGA